CAUGGACAACAUCUAACCAAAGAUAUUACCAUUGAAAAAUACUAAUCAUUUUGAUUCUUCCACAAUUACUAUGAAAUGACUACGCUUCACAAUUACGAACUAUAUUAGUGGCACUGCUCAUGAAUGAACUCUUGCUCGAAAGUGAAUUGUACCCAAACCGGGUAUUCCCCCUUUUUCAGAAGUCACUGUGAAGUGGGUUAACUUGUCUGCUAUAAUCUUCUCAUCGUAUUUUUCUUUAUUACAUCACGGUCGUUUGGUCUUAUUUGUGAUAUGGUCAUGUAUUCUUGUUAUAAAGAAUAUCAGGUAGCACAAGUUGGUCCUGACAACGAAUCUUCAAGCAACCCUGAAAAACCAAUGAACAACAUGGCCAGAUAUGCAGAUGUAUUCCAGGUCAUUGAUGCAAAGAAGUUUGCUAUGACAGAAAAGUUAAACGGAGAAGAAUUUCAUGAGGGUUUAGACAGUGGAGUUAAAAGUGGUCACACACAAGAUUUCAUUGGCAAUAAUCCAGAUCAAGAGUAUCCAGCACGAAAAAAAAAACUGGCUAACUUCAAUAAUGGUGUGAAUGAUCUUGAAGAUGGAUUUGGUGAUGGAAUUAGCAAGUUGGAAAGCGGACAAACAGAUCCUCGAGGAUUAAAUGUCAUCAUUGGUCAUGAUCAAGAUCAGCAGAUUCAGGCACCUGUUCAAAACGGGAGUGGCAUGGAAAAACCAGACAGGGUAGAACUGCAACCCAUACCAGCUGCCAGUAUUUACAAUGUCUCCAAAAUUAUAAACAAUACGCAAUUCAAACGGGGAAGCACAAACAGCAUUUCUGAUUUUGAGCAAAGUUUUGCUGACAAGCCUAUUGACAGUGCAGUUAUCACUGAUGAGAAAGUAUUUAAUUCAGUAACACGUCAAGGCGGUGACCUGGUAUUGAUCAGACUCUUCGGCAACACUGUCUUUCUGUGUUUUUCUCCGGCCAUUGGAUUCAAGUUUGUUAUUAAAUUGGUGGAGUGGAGAGAAUUUUCUAAAAGAAGACAGGAAGUUCAAAUUCCAUUGGCACUCGGCAAUUUCCAGUGGAUGGUCAAACUGUUUGGGUUUGGCAAGAUUGAACACAACAGAAUCAUUUAUGCUGUUGUUUUUAUGGAGUAUGCUGGAGAAACGUUGGAGAAAAAGACAUGGUCUGUUGACAGAGCUCGUCAGUUGUUGGUGCACCUGCUUCAAGCAUUGAAGGAAAUGCAUGAACUUAAUAUUGUUCAUGGUGACAUUAAGCCUCUAAACCUCUGUUGGAGAGAACAGAUGGUCCCAGUUUUCAUUGACUGGGAAUCUGCCAAAAACUCACAGUUUCCCAUCAACUUUAAAGGAACAGCAAAUUGCAACCCUCCAUGGUUCUCUCAAAUUACUGCACUGGUAAGAGAAAAUAAAAGCUGUGAAGACGAGCUGAAGACCCUGGAUCUGUGGGCUGUUGGGAUUACUGUUUGUUGCUUGAUCAAUGGCACUUUACCUUGGUCUGACAUUCACUGUCCGACAAGACCGCAGCUGAUUGAAUAUAUUAAGGAACAUCACAGAGAGAUUGAGCGAUACAUUCCUGAAGUUGAAUCCCCGCUGAGGGAAGUUAUUAGAGGUCUCCUUCCAGUUAGUGGCAACAUAGAAGAUCAGAUUUCUGUCAUUAAGGCUUUGGAUACUCUUCAGAAUCCAGCACCUGGCAACAUUCCAACAUCAGUUGCAGAUGCCAAUCCAUCAAUGCAACAUGGAAGGAGACAGAUUGACUUCCGUUUGCCAGAGAAGCCCAUGUCGUAUUCAAAUGGUUUUCCUACACUGGAGCCCGACUCUGGUAUUGCACCAGAUAUAUCAUUGCCUUCGACGGACAGGCAUUAUUGGGAGCUUGGAAAGGACCAGACAGUGCAAGCAUGGCAUGGUAUUAGUAUGAAGUUUCGUAAUCGUGUAUUCAAUGAAAUACCAGUGGGCAUGAAGUUCAAAGACAUUUUGAACAUUCAAGAGAUUGAUGACGAAAUAAAACACUUUAAAAGUGAUACCAACCAAAAUGGAUGGAGUAUUUGGCUGAAGGUUGGAUGGAAACGCUGGUUUCUAAAUGGAUCCAUGAGAAUUAAAACAAACUUUGAAAUAGACAUUACUCCAGUUUAAAAUUUGCUCAACAAGCCAAUCACAACAGGCCUCAGGAUUUGACAUUUUAUUGGAAACAAUUUGUGGUUCAGUGCUCUGUGAUCAGGGUUCGACAAUUCCAAAGUGAAUUUUUGGUCUGGGCUAGUGGAAAUUAUCAACUGUAUUACUAUAAUACAUGGAGCACCAGCUAAAUCUUCUGUGAGAGCUAGUGACUUUGUCAAACAUUUGUCGUACCCUGCCUGUGAUCAUUGGAACCCAGCAACUUUUCAAUAAUCAUGGUAAUAGUGGAUUUUGGUAGAUAACGGUGGACUUUCAGUGGUAUGAUUUUUGACAACGCUGUCGCAAAUGAUUGUUUCUGUGAAAUCCACCAGAGGCCUGGAUAAACAUGCAGUGAUCUUUAACUGCUAUUUGUGAAUUUUCUAGAUGUGAUUCAUUUUGUUAAAAUCUGCUUUGUAUUAGUGGCUUUAGCUGUUAGAUAGUUGUGUUAAAUUUUUCUUAUGUUUGUGUUUUUCUUAUUGAUUUAAAUUAGUAAAUGAUGUUACACGUUAGGGAGGCGAGAUUGGUGGAUCUAACAGUGUUCAUUAAUGUUAGAUCUAAUUAUUAUUGAAUGUUCUUACUCUGAAAAACACAUUAAUUUUUAUGCAAACCAAUGAUUAUCAAAUGGGGCAGAGGGGUGGGGUGGGGUGGGGUGGGGUUGGCCACGUGCUUUACAUUGAACUGUCAGAGUGAUAUAGCAGGAUUGUUUUCAAUGUGGUUUGAGAAGCAGAGAAAGCAGAGCUAGGAUAUUACAGGGGUAGAAACUAACAAUUGCCCGUUUACCCUAGGCUAUUAGAAAUUGUUGGGAAUGAGUACAAUUUAAAUGAUGCCAGGCCAUUUAUGUUCCAUUGUGGUUAGUAUGCGGUUUUAAGGGAUUUAUUUUUCUUCAGGAUGAACAGCAAAUGUUGCAUAUCUAUAAGUUACAUGGUUCCAACCAUUAAUGGGAGGCAUAGUAAUUUUUAACAGGAAUUAUUAAUUUUCUUAGGCAACUGAUGGAAAUACACCAAUUACCAUUAAUUUUUUAAGUAACAGUAGCUCACAUUUCUGGCUUCUGUUUUCAACUAUUCAAACUUUAAAAUUUCUUCAUACAUUUGCAUGCUUCCUCCCAUUUAGAUAACUGUACUGUUCCCCCAUUGAGAAAAAACAUUUGCUACAUUCCAGAAAAUGCUAUUUAUUUAGUGUGAACAUGUACACACGAUAUCUAGUGCCUUGUUGAUUUGAUCCAAUGUGCCUGUUCUGUGUUUGACGUCCAAUAACUGAUGAUUAAAAAAAUCAAUAUUGUCUAGUGGUAUUGUUAAACAAAACAAACUAAAUGUUGUAGCCACUUUGUAUGAAACUGCAAAUGUCUAAUUUGGCAAUGGACAGGGUGAGUCCUGAACUAUUGAAGUAAUCAAUGGUUGAGGCCUGGACUAUUGAAGUAAUCAAUGGUUGAGGCCUGGACUAUUGAAGUAAUCACUGGUUGAGGCCUGGACUAUUGAAGUAAUCAGUGGAUGAGGCCUAGACUAUUGAAGUAAUCAGUGGUUGAGGCCUGGACUAUUGAAGUAAUCAGUGGUUGAGGCCAGGACUAUUGAAGUAAUCAAUGGUUGAGGCCUGGACUAUUGAAGUAAUCAAUGUUUGAGGCCUGGACUAUUGAAGUAAUCAGUGGAUGAGGCCUGGACUAUUGAAGUAAUCAAUCACUGCUUUGUACACAUCAUUCAUAAUGAAAAUAUGUUUGUCAGUAUUACAACGGGCUGAUGAGACAUAUUUUCUGGUGAGUGGAGAUGAAUCUUGGAACUCUGCUACUAGUGAGGUGUAUUGGACUUCGCUAUUCAAAAGUAAUAGAGAUUAAUAAAUAUAAUUGUAAACACAAAAAGAUGGUAAAAGAAUUUAAAUUAAGCUUUGUUGCAUAAUGUUUUAAAAUAUAUAUAUUAAUAAAAAUGGUGCUUGUCAUUAGAAUACUGGAUGUUCCAACAGUUGGUAACUGAGCAGGUUACGAGGAUUAAAUUAUCAAAAUUAACAAAAAAGCUGGAAAACUUUGCAGUAGGCCUACCUUGAAAAGUAAUUUACAUUUUUGUUUGAUUGAAAAAGGCAGAAUUCAUUGGAAUUCAAUUUGUUUUACCUCUGAUUGUAGUCAUGUAUUAAUUUAAAAUUCAAUAAUUUUCACUUAUAGAUUAUAUUAGCAUUUUUUGGUUAUUGUUCAGUGUGUAUAUACUGAAGGAAAGAAAUAAGGGAACAUGUAAAUACAUGUAGUAACAGAAAAUAUUGACCCUUUAUUUUCAAUAUCAGGAAGUUAACCAUGUUAUUGACGGUCAAUCCUACAGUACUAACAAUGAAUUUUACUCUUGAUCUAUUAAAUUAAAUUAUUGAGUUAAAUUUGAUCUCAAAUACCAUAUGUUCCCCUAUUUUUUCCAUCAGUACCGGUAUAUUUAACCAUUGAGGAGAGUUCAACAGUUAUGUAACACAAAAUCUGGUAACAUUGAAACCACUUUCCCAUCUAACAUUAUGUAAAACCAGUCAACACCUGUUCGCCAUAUCCCUGCCAAUGUGACCCACUAUGACACAUAUUUGAUUGGGAACAUGUUAGCCUUGACUGGCUAAAUUUUACUUUUUAAAUAAAAUUGAGACAUUUUUGAAAAUAUUAAAUAACUUUUGACACCUCGCCCCCUCUAUCAAACUAAUCCAUGACGCCCCUUGCCCUGGAGUAUUACAUAAUUGUUGAAUGGCCUUUUUGUUUCUUCCUUUGAUGUGCAUUCAUAAAGCUAAGACCAUUUGACUGUUAAAUUAUACAAUGUACUAACAUAGGUAGAUUUAGUUUUGUUAGUGUUUUAAUUUUGCAUAAUAAGCCAUUUUUUAUUAAAGUUUUCUAAUUGCAUUGAUUUAUUAACUAGUUUUAAAGUCACAUAGAGAAAAUAUUUGAUCAGUCACAAAUAUUUCAACCAGCAUAAUUCACUUUUAAUACUUUGUUCAGAACAAACAUAACCAUAUUGUUUUGUGGUUUUACAUAAUGUUUAAAAUUAUUUACAGUCGAAUUUUGUGGGGUCGAACACAGUUGGGCACAAUCAUUUCUUUGAGCCAUCGGCUAAUUUGAACGAAGCAAUUGGUCACCUUUGCAAGUGUCCAUGACCUUUUAUGUUUUUAAAUUAUUGCUUAAUGAUAUAAAGACGAAGUAUAUUUAUUUGUUUAUAAAACCGACACAAACGUUACUGGGUGUUACAAUGCAGUAUUUACAUAUCCAAGCAAAAUUAUUAUUAAAACUUGCACAUACAUAACAGAGGCAAAAUUGUUGCCUUACUUUACAAGUCCAACCCUUACAUCGGGUACAUUCAUGUCUGUUAUUGCUACUUGCAGCAACAUCAGGUGUUAACAACAGCUUUGUAAUCAUUAUUAUCUACCAUUCUAUCGGUUGUAUCACGGUUCAAAGUUUGUUUUGUUUAAUUAAUGACGCCACUAGAGCACAUUGAUGUAUUAAUCAUCAGCUAUUGGAUGUCAAAUAUUUGGUAAUUUUGAUUUCAUCUAAGAAAGGAAAUUCGCUACA